AUUGUUAUGGAUGGAUUUUUGAUUUUGGUUUUUCUUACUUGAGGGCUGAUGUUUACCACAUUAGCUGAUAUUUUCUGGAGCGAAAUGUUGCUGAAAUUAUGGAGCCGACAGUGAACGUGACAUAUACGCUUAGAGAGCAGGUUUUGUUUCCGAGCGUGGAUCAUUGACUCUAUCUUCUACUGCCACUGGAAGCAAACUCACAUCUCCAGAAAGUGAUGGAUUUUCCAGAGGAUUUCAACCAGCUUGAACUUCUGGACUCGCAUGGACAUCUGAUCCCGCGAGGGAGCAGCAGCCUCUGGACUGGAAGCAAGGAUGAGGAGGAAGAGCUGGAGGAAGGAGAGCACAGUGAGGAGUGGUAUCUGCAGCAGGAGGAGGCUCUCAAGGACAAACCGAAGGAGCUCCUUCUGUGGGCAGCAGAAAACAACCGUCUCUCCAUCGUCCUCCGUCUGGUCACGGCUGAUCCUCUGCUGGUCCACUGCUGUGACGAGGACGGUUACACCCCGCUGCACCGUGCGGCGUACGGCGGACACGUCCAGGUCGUCUCUGCUCUGCUUGCCGGUGGAGCGAAGGCGAAUCCCCGCACCAUCGACGGCUGGACGCCCCUUCACAGCGCCUGCCGCUGGAGCCGCGUCGCCGUGGCCAGCUGCCUCCUGCGGCACGGAGCCCAGCUGAACGCCCAGACGAACGGCGGGCUGACGCCGCUGCACCUCGCCGCCUCGUACACCAACUCCUCGAAGACCGACUCGGCGCACACGCUGGAGCUGCUCCUGUCCCAGAGGCACCUGCAGCCGGGGCUGCGCAGCAGCAGCGGGGAGACGGCGGGCGAGCUGGCCCGCCGCAGCGGCCCACAUCACUUCCUCUUUGAAAUGGUGGAAGACUGUGUCAAUGUGGUGUGAGUCUAACAAUAAAAACAACACUUUCCCGCAGGUACAUUUGUUACGUUUGGCUUCAAGCCUACGGAAAUGUCCCCAUUCAAGCUGCACGUCUCUUGUCAGUCGGUCACUCUGAGUGGCCAGAAUGAGCAAACGGAAGAAUUUCCACACUUGAAUGUGUGUAAAUACAUAAUACAUAAAAAUAAUUUCCACUUGUUUGUCUUGUAUAUCAGGAAGACAGAUUGUGUUGCAGCAGCAAGUUAAUAAUAAUACUGAGACACAGAAGGCGACGCAUUCCCUUCAUACCUGUUACGAUGUUUCCUUAAUAGGUUUCGCAGUAAAGCAUUGUUGUA